GGGGCCAGCAGCCGGGGCAGAGUCCAGCUCAGCAGCUCCGGGUUGCAGUAGCCCAGGCCGGCCUAGCCACGGGCAGCUGCGCUCAGGCGCCGCCGUGUCCCCGCGGUGUCCCGGCUGCGCUCGUCAGCCUGCCGGCUGGGGGAGAAACCGGAAGGAGGAGAGGCAGGGCUGGGGAGCGGCGGCGGGUCCCGGGCACCCCACUGGCCAGUAGGCACCCUUCUGUUGUCUGUGCUGGGCUGCCGUGGCCUCCUCUGCCUGGGAUUCUCGGACACCCUCCAAGGGAACCAAGGGACCAGCUCUGGGCCUAGCUGCCCCAGGAAGGAAUGUGCGCCCCUUCCCUGCAGGGGUUCAAGUAUCUUUUCCAGCACCAGCUGUUUCCUGGGCACCGGCACGCACGCCCAGUGCUGAUGCAGGGAUGCGGCCAUGGAUGACUCUGGAAAAGAGUCGUUCUUAGCAAUAGACUUUGCCAGGGCCCAAGGAAGGAGAGGCCAGCCUGCCCCGCCCCACCUGCAGGAGGCGCUUCUCAUCCCAGGAACUGUGCCCCAUCCGGAGCCGAGGCUGCUCAGCCUCUUUGUGGCCUGGGGCUGGUUGGCCUAAGCCACAAGUGAGCGGUUGUGCUGGUCCCUGGUUCCCCAGGGACCCCAUGGAAGGGAGGGGCUGCUGAGCUUUGCGAGACCUCAUGAAAAUCCAGCUUAAGGCCAUCAAAAGACAAAAUGACAACACAUUUAGUUCUAGAUCGAAAUGGCUUUUAUUCAUGAUUCAUGAAUCCCAGCUGCCUCCAUUCUACAAAAUUGAAUGAGAGCCUCACCGGGCAAUGGCAGAACAGGGGUUUCGUAAGGCAGGAAGGAGGAAACAGAAAAACAGGGAACACCCAACCACCCAACACCAGGUCACGGCAGACUGCUCUUUUCUAAGGGCUAAGGCAGAGGGGACUUCCUGAUGAGGCUGGCUCCAGUGAAACUGGCCUGUUGUUUUGGGAUCUAUCUGCUUCCUUAAAGCUUCCGUUUGAUGUGGCAUUUAGCAUGAGUGACUCCAUUUUGGCUUGGUCCGGUCUGUUGGGGCCUAGUGCAGGAACUCAGUUCAAAACAACAGCCUCGCAUCGUUCUUGUUUAACGAAGCUAAACUGCAGGACGUUAGAAUUGGAGACCCUAUAGCAUUGGGCCUGAGGGACCGCUGAGGCUGACCUAGUGAUCCCCGCCUUCUGGCUGCCCUGAUGGGGGUCCCCAGGCCCUCCGCCCACAAUGUUCGGUCCCUCUGUCAGCACAUCCCUGUCCGCAGCUGGGUCUCAGGGUGAUGUCCUUGUCUCCCAACACCUGCCCUGGAUAAAGGCCGCUUCAGGCCCGUGCCCAGGGGUCUCCUCCCCAGCACUCCCCUAGUACCUCCGUCCUCAUGGAUACUGAGCACUUCCCGGGGUCCCCGCGCUUGAAUGCUCCCGACAGUGGCAUAGGUGCCACAGGCACUGCUCCAUUUUACAGAUGGGAGAAGUAAGUACACGCCCCACUCACACAUGCGGCUGCUGCGGUUUGAACCCGGGUCGUUGGGCGCCCAGACCAUGCCAUGCUGGGAGCAUGCUCUUAGAAGGCCCACAGUAUAGAUGCGGAAAGGAAACAGGCAAAGCAUGAGAGAAUGGGCAGAGUGUCCCUUUCCCUGAAUCCAACCCACUUGAUGGGCCAGGGUGUGAGCGAGCAGGGCCUCCCUGCCCAGGGACGGUCCCUCAGCAGGGCCCUGCUGGGAGGCUGGGGGCAGGGCCUUGGGCACCAUUCAACCCCCGGGAUGUGUCCGCUCCAUUCCUCCCCACUCUGUUCCUGGAGCCUGUGGGCACUCUUGGCGAGCACCCAGGCUGGUACAGUGCCUGGCACAUGGGCGCCUGAGUAUUGACACCCAUGGUCUUCAGGGGAAGUGGCUGGUCCUGUCCUGGCCCCCAGGCCAGAGGAAACAGAGCCGCUGUCUUCAUCACCAAAUGAUGUGAUGUGUGGCAACUCCCCCCACCCAGAAGCUGCAAGUCUGGGCCACAUGCCCCUCAGCCUGUGAUGGAGGGCCACGCCAAGAGACCCUUGGGCCCGUCAGCCCCUGAACCUGAGUGGCUCAGUGUCAGGAGGCAAGAGGCGGUCUCAGACCCCCCAACCCAGCACUGCGGGGAGCAGCAGCAGUGGUGAGGAGGGGAGGAAAUGGAAUCCAAACAGCUCCAGACCUCCCCCUCGAAGGCGCCCCUCCCACAGCCAGCCUGCCGGAGUCCCCUGGCCCCCCGAGUCUGAUGUCCAGGCCCCAGGCCAGGGUGCCCUUUCCACCAAGGACUUGGCUGCCCGUCCCCAGGGGACUAUGAGGGAGGUGGGAGCCGGGCGGGGUAGCCUUCUGCUCCUCUGGAUUUGGGUUUUCCAGUGUGAGGAGCUGGGUGGCAUCAGGCAAGCUCUAGCCCUCUCUGAGCCUCCAUCGCCUUCAGUGGGGUGAAUAGCAGCCCCCUCGCUGGGCGGCCAUAGUGCUGAAAUGGGUAAGGGCAGAACGGGUCUUACAGGCGACUUCCUUAUGACCUCACACUGUACGAGAGGCACCGAGGGGGUGGGCUUCGGCCCCCCCAGUGCCUGAUUUAGAGAUUCCCUAUUCUGUGUGCCCACAGUGGCCGCCCAGUACCCUCGGGAGGUCACAGGCCCAGGGUUCCCCCAAUCUCAGGCCAAAGGCAACCUUGUCUUCUCUGCUUGCUGGAGUCCUGCCCAGCCCCCUACCUGCUCUGGGCACUCCCUAGGGGCCUCGGUCCAUAGUGAGCGACCUGUAGGGGCCAUGCCAGGGCUGGUUGCCCUGUGGGGGAGGUGUGUCCUGCAGCCGUGGUGAGUUGGUCUCACUGUUGCUAGGAGGGUUGCUGGCUAUUCCAUGCAGAGCUCCACUCCCCGCAGAGCUCCCAGCCCAUGGUCCACCAAUCACAUUAUGUGCCUUGCAUUUUUGUGGUUUCUGCCGAGGCUCUUACAAAAGGCGAGAGAGGUCCAGGCCUGCAGGGUGAGGGUAGAACGGAGAAGGGCCUGGGGGGGCGCGGAGUUGGGGGAGAGAAAUAUUUGCAGGCUGCUUAGCAAGACACCCAGAGCUGCCGUUUGUCGAGUACUUUCUGUGGGCACGACGGCAAAUGUUUUAUGCAGCGUGCUGUCAUUCACUUCUCACAAUGACACCAGGCGCCAUUAGCACACCCAUUUCACAGAGGAGGAAACUGAGGCAGAGAAGGCGAGCGCCUUGCCCACGGUCACACAACCGGAUGGACCCCUUCGAGGACACGCUGCGGCGGCUGCGGGAAACCUUCCAGGUGGGGCACACGCGGUCGGCCGAGUUCCGGGCUGCACAGCUCCGGGGACUGGGCCGCUUCCUGCAGGACAACAAGCAGCUUCUGCAUGACGCACUGGCCCAGGACCUGCACAAGUCGGCCUUCGAGUCCGAGUUGUCUGAGGUCGCCAUCAGCCAGGGCGAGGUCAACCUGGCCCUCAGGAACCUCCGGGCCUGGAUGAAGGACGAGCAUGUGCCCAAGAGCCUGGCCACACAGCUGGACUCAGCCUUCAUCCGUAAGGAGCCCUUUGGCCUGGUCCUCAUCAUCGCGCCCUGGAACUACCCCCUGAACCUGACGCUGGUGCCCCUGGUGGGUGCCCUCGCCGCAGGGAACUGUGUGGUGCUGAAGCCAUCGGAGAUUAGCAAGAGCAUAGAGAAGAUUCUGGCCGAGGAGCUGCCCCGAUACUUGGACCAGAGCUGCUUUGCCGUGGUGCUGGGCGGGCCCCAGGAGACGGGGCAGCUGCUGGAGCACAGGUUCGACUACAUCUUCUUCACAGGGAGCCCUCGUGUGGGCAAGAUCGUCAUGACCGCCGCCGCCAAGCACCUGACGCCCGUCACUCUGGAGCUGGGGGGCAAGAACCCCUGCUAUGUGGACGACAACUGUGACCCCCAGAUCGUGGCCAACCGCGUGGCGUGGUUCCGCUACUUCAACGCCGGCCAGACCUGCGUGGCCCCUGACUACCUCCUGUGCAGCCCUGAGAUGCAGGAGAGGCUGCUGCCCGCCCUGCAGAGCACCAUCACCCGUUUCUAUGGCGAUGACCCCCAGAGCUCCCCAAACCUGGGCCGCAUCAUCAACCAGAAACACUUCCAGCGGCUGCGGGCACUGCUGGGCUGCGGCCGCGUGGCCAUCGGGGGCCAGAGCGACGAGCACGAUCGCUACAUCGCCCCCACAGUGCUGGUGGACGUGCAGGAGGCGGAGCCGGUGAUGCAGGAGGAGAUCUUCGGGCCCAUCCUGCCCAUCAUGAACGUGCGGGGCGUGGACGAGGCCAUCGAGUUCAUCAACCGGCGGGAGAAGCCCCUGGCCCUGUUCGCCUUCUCCAAUAGCAGCCAGGUGGUCAAGCGGAUACUGGCCCAGACCAGCAGCGGGGGCUUCUGCGGGAAUGACGGCUUCAUGCACAUAACCCUGGCCAGCCUGCCUUUCGGAGGAGUGGGUGCCAGCGGGAUAGGCCGGUACCACGGCAAGUUCUCCUUCGACACCUUCUCCCACCAUCGUGCCUGCCUCCUGCGCAGCCCGGGGAUGGAGAAGCUCAACGCCAUCCGCUACCCGCCCCACUCACCGCGCCACCUGAGGAAGCUGGUGGUGGCCAUGGAGGCCCGAGACUGCAGCUGCACGCUGCUCUGAGCCCCUCUCCAGGCCCAGGCCAGAGACCACCAUGACCGCUGUCACCUGCAGCUGGUGGAGACAGGGCCUGGGCUCCAGGUCUCUGAGGAGAAAAAGGAUUGCCAAGGCUCCAGGCGCUCCUCAGAGCAGCGCCUGCCUCCUCCCUCCUGGGGCUUCCCUCUCCCCGUGUCAGCCUCCUACCUCAGCUGCCCUCAACUACGAGAGCCAUGGGAAACAGCGUAGUGACCGACUCCUGUCCCUGCGCCAGCCACCCAUGUCCAGAAGAGGAUAGGCAUGGCGCCUCUGGGCCACCACCAUCCUGUGGAGUGGGCGGCCUAGGGGCCCUGGCAUCUGAUUCAGGCCACACUAUGGAAUCAGUAUGUCCAAGGCCAUCCCUACCCUCUCUGAACCUGUUUCCCCAUCUAUUCAGUAGAGAGGUUUCACAAUUGAUACCUCCUGGCUGGGCAUGGUGGCUCACACCUGUAAUCCCAGCACUUUGGGGGGCUGAGGCAGGCGGAUCACCUGAAGUCAGGGGUUUGAGACCAGC